UAGAAUCAACAUAAACCCUUUUGUAAAACCCUAACAAUUGACCUCAACUUUCUCGACAAGAGGCUCUCUGUCGGUGUUCUCUCCCUUCCCUUUGGUGUCGUGUCUUUCAAAUGGCGAAGCGUUUGAUUCCUCUGUUCAAUCGGGUUUUGGUGGAGAAAAUCGUGCCUCCAUCGAAGACCACCGCUGGCAUUUUGUUACCCGAGAAAUCCACCAAGCUGAAUUCCGGAAAAGUUAUUGCUGUUGGCCCUGGCUUUCACAGUAAGGAUGGGAAGCUAAUUCCUGUGGCUGUAAAGGAAGGUGACACUGUUCUUUUGCCUGAAUAUGGGGGAACUGAGGUGAAGCUUGAUAACAAAGAGUAUCAUCUGUUUAGAGACGAUGAUAUACUGGGGACAUUGCAUGAUUGAUGUCAAAAUCAUCCGUGGAAAUUUACAUGCUAGGUGCUCUGCUACAUUUGAGGAGUUUCUUUAUGUUCUGAUUUUUAUGUAUGAUGUCUAAAUCAACAUUUUGGUGUGGAGCAAAACACUUGGAACUUUUUUUGGGCUUACCAUGAAUGUUAUUUUCUGCAACAACUGGAAAAACUAUUUUGUAGCUCAUGAAAUUUAUUGCCUUAACAUUUUGUAGUUCUGUUUUUUUUUGCUUGGUUAAGAGUAUUUAUCGUUGUCA